AUGAGAAGUAUCGGUGAGGGUGGUGUGAAAAUACAUUGCGGGGAAAUUGGCGAGGAUACGGGCAAAUUGACAGAGAUUCGUAAGAAAUGUGAAGAAUUUAAAGAGAAAUUUGGAUCGGAUGCUUCCGCAGCAAUCCUCAGUUUACACCUCAAACUGAAGUCCACAGCGACGGCAAUGAAAACCGCUGGAGAAGUCGCAAAAAAGACGGUAAUGCAGUAA